GAAUAACAAUUGAAAUUCAAUCCCAAUCCCAAGAAAUAAUACGUGUAUCCGGUAAUACCAAAUAUAGACAAAUUCGGUACGGUAUUCGGUAUAUCCCAAAUACCGGUACCAAACUUCCAGCCCUACACCCUGCGGUUUACACGAAAACCGCUGGCUGGGGGCGUGGUUUUCGAUGCAAAUCGCUGGGCUAAUGGGCGGUUAUGAAAACCGCUAGGUGGGGCGGCGGUUUCGGGCCAAACCGCCACCCCACCCAGCGGUUUGGUCCAAUUUUUUUUUCCCCGAUCAACUCCUAACUUCUAGGGAUGGCAAUGGGUCGGGUCGGGGACGGAUAGUGCAUAUCCGCUACCCUACCCAGAGUAGUUCGGGUUUUACCCAUACCCACAUAAGAAACAUGUAGAAAAUCUAAACCAUGCCCAUACCCGUUCGGGUUUCGGGUAUCCACGGUUAUCCAUGGGUAAUAGUUUCUCUUUAUAACUCCAACCAAUAUGUUAAUAUUGACACUUAUUCUCACGUUACGUAAGGCGAAAAGUAGGGCAAUAAUUCACUACACUGAAGAAAAUUAAUUAAAACAACACAAUUUCAUAAAACUUUUAUAUGUAUAUGCUAAAUAUAAAAUAUGCAAGAGAAAAAUAUUGAUUAUUUAUAGACAAAAUACAUAUGCAUGUGUAUAAUCGGGCGGGUUCGGGUUGGAUAAUGAGAAAACCAUGUCCACCCAUUACCCGCAAUAUUCGGGUUCGGGUUUUACCCUACCCGAUUAGGUCGGAUUCGGGGCGGAUAUCCACGAUUACAGAUAUUUUUGCCAUCCCUACUAACUUCGGCCGGAACUUCAAACGAACGUAACUUUGCACUCGGCUAUCCGAUCACUACGAUUUUUUUUUAAUCCGAAUAACUUUUCGAGAUCAUGCAAGUCGCAAACCGCCAAUGGAGGUUUGGUCCCGCCUUCGUCUCGAAAAAAGUCAUUUGCUACACCGGACGAGCCUUUUUCGAUUUCGUCAAACUUUGGACGUCCAUAACUUUGUGCUUCAAAAUCCGAAUGUCAUAAUUAUUUUUUUAUUCCGUAUAACUUUUCAAUUACUACAACUUUUAACAUAACCAUAAUUUCGAAAUGUAUAUGGAUUUGUGAAAAGUAAAGGUAAAGUUAUUCCCAAUGUCCCGUAUAUCCAAAACUAAUUCAUGUUUUGAAAAUUUCAUCAUUGUAAAACUUGUAGAUCUUAAAAAGUUAUGCGAAAUGAAAAAAAAAAUCAUGACGUUCGGAUUUUGGAGCACAAAGUUAUGGCCGCCCAAAGUUUGACGAAAUUGAAAAAGACUCGUUCGGGGUAGCAAAUGACGUUUUUUCGAGACGAAGGCAGGACCAGACCGCCGCGGCUUGCAAAAUCUCGAAAAGUUAUUCGAAUUAAAAAAAUCGCUACGAUUGGAUACCCAAGUGCAAAGUUACGUUAGUUUGAAGUUCUGGCCGAAGUUAGGAGUUGAUCGGAAAAAAAAAAUUUUGGACCAAACCACUGGAUGGGGUGGCGGUUUUUGGAAAAGGUUGCAUUUUUGGAAUUUUUUGGGGUUGGAAGGUAUUUUUCGAAUUUUUUUUAAAAUAGUGACACUUUUGAAUUUUUUCCUCAUACUUCAGUAGCAUGUAAAAAAAUAUUUGGUAUGCUCAAAUUGUAAUAUUGAUUUACUCAUAUUAAAAAUAAUAAAAAGCCACAUAUAUGAUGACAUAUCUAAUAUCAUAAAUUCUGUAAAUUCACACAUAGGCAACUAUAAAAGAAGAGAAGUUCUGUGAAGACCCCGAAUCUUGAUCUUGGAGAAGCAUGCAAUUGGUCCGGCGGUAAUUUUCAAGAAAAAGCGUUACUGUUCAGGUCAACCGGAGAUUAUAAGACCGUUGAGGAAAGAAAACGGGGGUUACAACUUACAACUUUGAAGAGCUGGGCGUAUAACUGGAAACGAAUUCCAUUUCCAGCCUUCGAUUGCCGGAAAGAACAGAGUUGCAGCAGAGGAAAUCAUAAAAAGCUUUUAUGUAAACGAGCUUUUUUUAUUGCUGCAGUUGGGGGGAGAAAAGAAAUGGAAAUCGCUUGUCAUCAAUCUUCAGAAAUGCAAGAGCCCAGCAUCGACACCGACAAACUCAGUUACGAAAUCUUCUCCAUCCUCGAGAGCAAGUUUCUCUUCGGCUACGAUGAUCAGAAGCUCUGGGUUCCCAAGCAAAUUUCUCCACCGGACCCGGCGGUUCCCGCGGCCGAUGGAGGAAACGGCGUCGCUUCCAUCAAGAAUCAGCGCGGCAAAAUCUGCGUGCUCUCCAUCGACGGCGGCGGGAUGAGAGGGAUUCUCGCCGGGAAAGCGUUGGCUUACCUGGAAGAGGCCCUGAGGACGAAAUCGGGCGACCCAGAAGCCAGAAUCGCCGAUUACUUCGACGUGGCGGCGGGGACGGGCGUCGGCGGCAUCUUCACGGCGAUGCUGUUCGGGUCGAGAGACCGGAGCCGGCCGAUUAUGAAGGCGGAGGAGACGUGGAGGUUUCUCGCCGACAACGGGAGGCGGUUCUACAGGAAUGGCGGCGGCGGGUUUCUAAAGCGGGCUUUCAGCUCCGGGUCGGGCGGGUCGGGUUCGGCGACGGGCGGGUUGGAGAAAGCAAUGAAAGAGACGUUCUCGGAGAAAGGCCGGCAGUUGACCCUUAAAGACACGUUGAAGCCCGUUUUGAUUCCUUGCUACGACCUCUCCAGCACGGCGCCGUUUCUCUUCUCCAGGGCCGACGCGCUCGAGACCGACAGCUUCGAUUUCCGGCUGUGGGAGGUCUGCCGGGCGACGUCGGCCGACCCGGGGACGUUCGAACCGGCUCAAUUGAGGUCGAUCGACGGUCGGACCAAGUGUUUGGCCGUCGACGGCGGGUUGGCAAUGAGCAAUCCGACCGCGGCGGCGAUCACCCACGUGCUGCACAACAAACAGGAAUUCCCUUUCGUCAGAGGCGUGGAGGAUUUGCUGGUGCUUUCGCUUGGCGCGGGGCAGCUGCCUGAAGUCAGCUACGAUUACGAAGAGGUGAAAACGUGGAGGGCCAAGCACUGGGCUCGACCCAUGGCGCGAAUUGCCGGCGACGCCUCGGCGGAUUCGGUGGACCAGUCGGUGGCCAUGGCGUUUGGUCAGUGUCGGAGCAGCAACUACUUGCGAAUUCAGGCAAAUGGGUCCUCCUUAGUAGGGAGGUGUGAAGGCAAUGUGGACACAGACCCUAGCCCUAAGAACGUGAAGAUGUUGUUGGGAAUGGCAGAUGAAAUGUUAAAGCAGAAAAACGUGGAGUCGGUGCUGUUUGGGGGUAAAAGGAUAGGAGAAGAGAGUAACUUUGAGAAGUUGGACUGGUUUGCAGGUGAGCUUGUGCUGGAACACCAGAGGAGGAGCUGCAGAAUUGCUCCCACUGUUGCAUUCAAGCAACUUACUACUCUACCCAGACCCACCACCCCCAGGAAGAAAAUUUAAUCAACCACUCCCCAAAACAAACAAGGUAAGCUUCUUUAUACGUUCUGCCCCUCUGUGACUUGCCAUCUUUUGCUACUAUGGUGUGUUUUUGCUUGCUUUGGAACUUGGCAUUAAUUUAUUACAGUUAUACUGUUUGCCCUUUUGAAAAAGAGCAUCUUAGUAGGACCGUUUGGUCUUGGAAUCCAGAUAAGUAAGUAGGAGGGGAGGGUUCUUUUCUCUCCUUUUUACCAAACCUUCAUUUUGGUUGUUGUUAAUGGAGGGGCAUAUUUCUCUCUUGAGUAGCUAGUCACGCUACCACUAGUGCAGGCCAAGCUGCCCAUGUAUUGUCAUUUCUUCAUUUCUCGCUUCUCAUGUAUGUUGAACUUUUGCGUUUUGUCCCUAAUCAGCCUCAUUGAUCACGUCUUAAUUUCACAUUUGCGGUUCAUCUGUCGUUCGGGAGUUAUCAAAGACGUGCUUAUCAAAUUUGGCCGAUCCCACUAGUUAUGAAGUUUUAACUAUCCUUUUAACAUAAGGACUAAAAAUGAAUCGACAUCAUAAUGCAUAGACUUGGUAAUUAAAAAUUCGUAGUACAGUUACGAAUUUGUUAAAAUGUACUUUAGGGUACUUUGAUGUUGAAGCACGAGCUACAUAUUUUCGCAAUAAUAUGAUGAGAUGCAUUGUCGUCUUCUUUUUUUAGCCAUGGAAGUUGUCAUUGUCGAUGUGUUUGGGAUUGAAAGGUCAAAAGGCCUUAUAGCCGGUUGUCCUUGUUGUUGUUGUUGCUUGUGGACGUGUAUGAAAGCCUAGGAGAGGACAAAUGCCCACCGCCAUUACCAUCUAGCUCUAACUACAAAGAGGGUAGAGCUGGGGCAUGAGUUGUGGAGAACCCUACAGCCAAACAUUGUCGGCCUACCGACACUCAUUCUCUUGUCUUUUGUGUUGGGAUCAUACCGGGGUCGCUUGGUCGUCUUUUCAAUUUGUGGGGCAACCAUUUUUGGAAGCAAAUAAAUGUGGAAACUUGAUCAUUGAAGUAGAUGUUCUUGUUGCAGAACACAGUUAGAGAUAGCACCCUCAUUGAAUUAGAUUGGAAUGGAAUUCUCUUCCCACUAAAUUAAUUGCUCCAAAUCUGUUUACUUUCAUGUUGUGGUCUUGGAUUUACAGAGAUACGUGGUUUAAAUUUCACUUUUGUUAUCAAGUAAGAUGGUCAAAAGAAGAAGAAGAAGAGGCAUUGGAAUAUGAGAUUCUUGAGCUUUGUGCUUGGUUUCUUUUUGUCCAUCUUCAUGUUUAAACAUCCCAUUCAUUCCCCUGCAAUUUUCUAAACAGAAGUCUCUUUUGCCUUGCUUGUAAACUGCAGGUAAAACGUAGCAGCCUGCAUAUAUUUCAAGAAAGGGAUAGCACUGAACAGAGAAGUGAAAGCAACCCAUAUGAAGAUGAUGAAGGAAAACCCAAAAAGAAGAAAACAAACAAACAAACAAUUAUAUGGGGGGCAGCCUUUUUGCUUUGUGGAAGGACAAAGGAGUGAAAUAAAUAGGAAGAGGAGGGAAUGGACUGCCCUGGGAUGAAGGGGAAAAAGGACAGGUGAAAAAAGAACACAGAGGCAUGAAUGAAUGAAAAGCUGGGAAGAUCUUAGUGGGAUUACUUUGCCUGCUAGAGAACAGGCACUGUGGUCUCCAUUACCAGUCUCUACAAUGGCAACUGGCCAUGAAAUUGAAAAUGGGAAAGGGGAAAAUACGACUUCGAUCAUCAAUCAUACAAGGGGCUUUUCAGAUUGGAGGUCAAAAGAGACAUGAAGCAAGUUGCAAUUGUGAAUCUUUUAGUGUACAUUUUUUUUCUAUUUUGUAUGAUUUGGUUCUCCAGGGGAUGGUGGAGACAAAAGUAUUGGUGCUGUAAUAUAUGUCUCUGUGUCCU